GUAAGCCCCGUCCAACAAGCUAGCUCUUCCAUACAAGUACCUAUCAAAUCCAGCCCCUCCUCAAUUUCCUAAUUCUUCACUCUCUUAAGCAAAUUGACUUGAACCAACACACAGUUAGAUCUCAACAACAUCCUCUUCGGCUCUAGUCAUGGCACACUACGAUCAACAACAAGCUCCUGCAUAUCCUCGACCAAGCGAGGUAUAUCAACCACCUCAACAAUGCUAUCCAGCAGAAAAGGCGGUGGAAAUGCAUGCUAAUGCUCCGCCACCACCUGUUGGUUAUCCCACUAUGGGAGGAGCUGAGUACCCCCGACAUGCUCCUCCUGUCCAAACGCAAAGCAAAGGUGAUGACUUUUGGAAAGGAUGUUUUGCUGCCUUAUGUUGCUGCUGUGUGUUGGAUAUGUGCUUUUGCUAAUCAAGCCCACCCUAGAUGCAUGCCUAAAUAAGGCACCAAGUUUUCUUUUCUCUCUUGAUUUCCCAUCUAGGUCUACUUAAUGGAGUUAUUUUUGUACUAUUUUUGAUGUCUUACAAGGAAUAAAAAUAUUAAGACCUUAUGUAGUCAUUGAAUCAAAUACUAUGUGAUGGUAGAUUUAACCUUCGUAAUACAAAUAUCAAAGACAAUUUUAAUGUC